UUUUCUUUCAGUUAAACGCGUUCCAGUCUCAUCAGUCUUCAUACAAUGCGGCACACAUUUGUAUCCAUUAUGGCAUUCCUUGCUGUACUCCUCACUGCGAAAGCUACGGAUUUGGGUAGAGAUGGCUUUAAUUACUACAAAGAUUAUUUACGCGGCAGGUCUGAUGACAUAGCACCAGCUCCUUACGACGAUCGGACAUUUUUGUACUACUUUGGAAUUCCUCAACUAUAUCCAGAGGUAGCCAUACAAGAUUACGGAAAGAGAACAGCAAAUCUUUUUAAAAAUCACAUGCUGAAUAGAGAAGCCUGGCCUGAAGGUACUCCUAACAAGAGAACAUCAAAAACUGGCCUCUCGCUUCUAAUGCAAAGCAAGCAAGAUGUUAAGCCCACAUUUAUGGAGACUACCUCAAUAUGAUACAGAAACAUAUUUUAAUGAAAAAGUCAUAUAUAUGUUAAAUCGUUUAAGUUAAUAAAUAUUAAACAUUAUUAGUUUAUUUAAAUAAAAUUAUCGUGUACAAUAA